UUGUUAUUGUUUACACUCAAAUCAAACAUCGUCAUUUGCGAUUUUUAGUAAAGUUUUCGAGAAAAUCCCAGCAAAAAUGGCAUCUUCCACGGCAACGGCACCGUCUACCGACCCGGGACCAUCGUCCUCAUCGAUUGCACCGAAAACUGCCGCCGAAAAGCACGCCGAGCGGAUGGCACGGCUGAAAAACUUGCACCUCCAGCGGAACGAAGCCCGCGUCUCGAAUCACUCGGAAGUGCUGGCCGAGGACGAACGGAAAAAGCUUCCCACCAACUGGGAGGCCCGCAAGCGCCAGGCGGACUGGCUGAUCGACGACAGCAAGGCACGGGCGGAAGCGGAAGCCAAGGGGCUGGACUACAACCGGGUCAAGCUGAUGAAAGUGUCCGCGGCGGAAGCGGACCGAUUCGACAAGCUCAAGUCCAAAAAGAAGAACGCCGAUCCGGGCUUUUCGGACUACGAGGCGCAAACGGCACGGCAGUACAACCGGCUGAUCAAGACGAUGGAACCGCGCGAUCUGGUCAAGUACGAGGAGCAAAAGGCCCAGUACGGGGACGCGUUCUACGGCGGACCGAACGUGGUGCUGCAGGGCAUGCACAAGGACAGUCCGGGGGCGAUCGACAAGAUGGUCAAAGACCUGGAGCAGCAGAUCGACAAGAGGAAGAAGUUCUCCCGGCGACGCACCCACAACGACGACGCGGACAUCGAUUACAUCAACGAGAAGAACGCCCGGUUCAACAAGAAGCUGGAGCGGUUCUACGGCGAGCACACGGCCGAGAUCAAGCAAAACCUGGAACGGGGGACAGCCAUUUAAGGUGUGUGCUUUGGUGUGUAUGGUAAUGAUGUAUGUUUUUCCUUUAUUUGUAACGUAUAAAAUAAAUAAUUUUAAACCAAACAUAAA